GUGGAUUAAUGUGAGAGUGGAUUAAUUGUAGUGCCACCUUUUCCUUGGCUUAUUGAGAGCUUCCGGUGAUGAGGCGGACGUUGCAGCAGGCGGCAAAGGCUCUGCCCGUCUUCACCAGGCACCAAACAGCAAUUCAAGCAGCUCCAGCUUCGUCGGCCCGGCCUCCCAUCUGCGUCUAUCCCUCUGCACCGCACAGCAAUCAGCACCAGCCACAUGGACUGGCCCACCUAUUGGUCGUGGCUGCCGGCUCCCUCAUCGCCUAUGAGUUGGUCUCAUCCAGGGGAAGACGGCGGCCUGGCCACGCGGAGAGCGUCGAUGAGCCAGCUGCUGCUGCUCUGAAGGACUCGCCGGCACCGAGGGCCACGGAUGCGCCAUCGCUCUCACUCACAACUUCUGUCAAGGAGGGCGAGAGCGAUAGCCCGCUGGUCGAGGGCGGCAAGUACGAGGUGCCUCGCCAUGUGGAUGACUUCCCUGAGGCGAUGCAGAAGCUGUACAGUGAGUUGAGGGGUGUACUGGGUGACCGAGCCAGUGUGGAUAUGGACGAGCGGGAGCCGUAUAGAAAAGACAAUUGGACCUAUCACAAGGGGGAGGUCCCCUAUAUCGUGGUCUAUCCAGGUGAGAAAGAAGCGCCGGAUGGCUGGGCGUGAGUGGGACUGGCAUCACACUCUUCGUGUGUGGUUGUGUCAGAGAGCACCGAGGAGGUGAGUGCGAUUCUAUCCCGCUGCAACCGCCUGAGGAUCCCUGUGGUGGCCUACGGCUGCGGCACAUCCAUAGAAGGCCACACCGUGCCCGUCAUCCGUAAGCAGCCUCACACAAACGGUCGCACAUGUGACCAUUCUCACCCCGUUCUUGUCUUGUUCGUUCGUCAGCUGGUGUGGUCAUCAACAUGAUGAACAUGAGCGAGAUUGUGGCCGUGCACGAGGACGACUGUGACGUCGUCGUGCAGGCGGGUGUACAGUGGAUGGAACUCAACGAGCUACUCGCAGACACCGGCCUCUUCUUCCCGAUCGACCCUGGUCCAGGAGCUAGCAUCGGUAAGGUCGGUCACCGACACACACAAUUGCCUGCCCAAGACGCCCCGCGAUCCCUCCCUUGGCUUCCUGUCUUGGUGGUUCCAUCGAUGUGAUGCGCGUGCCAUCCCAUCCAUGUGUGCAGGUGGGAUGAUCGGCACCCGAUGCAGCGGCACCAACGCAGUUCGCUACGGGACGAUGAAGGAUUGGGUGCUGCAGCUUACGGUGGUGUUGGCGGAUGGGAGGGUCGUCAAGACGGGUACAAGGGCGAGGAAGGACAGUGCUGGGUACGACCUCACGAGGCUGUUUGUCGGCAGUGAGGGGACACUCGGUGAGCAGUCGAGAGCACAAAAGCAUCCAAUCAUAGUUUUGCGCAUCCCUGCCUGAUCGACACGAGUGUACGUGUCUGUAUGUGUGUACGCAGGCAUCGUGACCGAGGCGACGCUGAAGCUCGCCGCUCGUCCAGCAGACGAGUGCGUGGCGGUGUGUGGCUUCCCAACUGUCAAGGAUGCGUGCAAGUGUGUCAGCAGUCUCAUCAAGGCAGGGAUACCGGUGAGCAUACCCACCCCAUCCACCUCCACCUCCACCUCCACCUCGCACACCGAGCUGAUGUGCUCGUGUGUCUCCUAUUCAGGUGGCUUGUGUGGAGCUGCUGUCCGCGGACACCGCCAAGCUGCUCAACGAUGACCAGGACUGCGGGCUGGAGGUCAAGCCGACCAUCUUCUUCAAGUUCACCGGCACGUCCAACCAGGUACAAGAGUGCAUCGAAACCACACAGAAGGUCAGCAGAAGAGGCAGAUAACCAGACCGCAAUCCCACGCGUCUCCCUUGUAUGCGUGAGUGGAUGCAGAUGGCGAGUCGGUUCGGCGGGAGUCGGCUUGUGUUUCGCAUGAAGGAGAAUGGCGAGAGCGAGAAGCUGUGGGCGGCGAGGAAGGGCGUGUACUGGAGUUUGGGCAGCCAGAGGCCGGGGAAGGAGCUCUGGGGCACUGACGUGUGUGUCCCACUUGGCCGGCUUCCCGACGUGGUCGAAGAGACGCAGAAGGACUUUGCCGAGCUUGGCGUCGAGGCACCCUUGAUCGGUGAGAGAAAGGCUGGUGACCCUGAUCAUUUAGAUCGUAUCGGUAUGUGGUGACUUUAAAUGUGCCUGCCUCAUGCAGCUCAUGCUGGCGAUGGCAACUUCCACCUGCUGAUCCCCCUGGACUUCUCCGACCCUGAGCAAAUGAAGGUGAGGGCAGCACACAGCGACCAGCUCAGCCUCACGGGCAUCACAUCCACUUGUGUGUUGUUGUUGUGCCCCACCAUCCGUCGGUUGAUCAGCGUGCCCAGGAGGCCAACUCCCGAAUGAUCGCCAGGGCCAUUGCUGCCGGCGGCACAUGCACUGGCACGUCGCGACACGGACCACUGGACAUCGAAAAAAUCCGAUAUGGGUGCCUCGGGCUUGUUGUAUUUGUUGCAGGUGAGCAUGGCGUCGGCAUGGGCAAGAAGCAGUAUUUGCUGCAGCAUUAUCCGCAGGAGACGCUGGAGGUGAUGCGAAGCAUCAAGAAGACACUCGACCCCAACAACAUCCUCAACCCCGGCAAGAUAUUCCUCGACUGACAUCAGAGAGAGAGAGGCAUGCCAUGCAUGGACCUAUACGCUGUGUUUUCCGAAUGGGAGUAGCCAGGCCGUGAGUACAAGCGGCAAGCAGGCAGGGUCGUUUUUGCCGGCUGUUGUGUGUAGUUAGUUCCUCUGGUUGAGCUGACAUUUUGAUGCUUGUCUUGUGCGUGGACUCUGGUGCGUGAAUCGCCACAGAAGCAAUGGAAACAAC